GCAAGAUCCGGGACGAAAGGCGGCGACGCUGCUCCCCCCCCACCCUGGACUGGUGACCCACGUGGAGCUCUCGGGAGUGCGCCGGAACCGGGCCGAGAGGCGACUGCAGGGACCCAAGUCCCGGCGCGACGGCUGCAAGCUUCUAGAAGCCACUCAAACCACCCGAUUCCUUCCUGCAUCUCCGGAGCCAGAGCGGACGUCUGGUGUUCCGUCUGCCCCUGACCUUUUUCGCGCACCUUCUUCCUCUCAUUGAAAGUGCCUUGUGCUUCCAUUGGGCCCACCUGGAUGUUCCUGAGCCUCCCCCUCUUCUAGGGGCAGCUGGUGGUGAGGAAAGCUACAUUAAAAAGGAUGUCUGGAAGCUACUACUUUGUUAUUGUUGGCCAUCACGAUAAUCCAAUUUUUGAAAUGGAGUUUUUGCCACCUGGAAAAGCUGAGUCCAAAGAUGACCAUCGCCACCUGAACCAGUUCAUAGCGCAUGCUGCACUCGACCUUGUGGAUGAAAAUAUGUGGCUGUCAAACAACAUGUACUUGAAAACUGUGGACAAGUUCAACGAGUGGUUUGUCUCAGCCUUUGUGACUGCAGGUCAUAUGCGAUUCAUCAUGCUGCAUGAUGUAAGACAGGAGGAUGGAAUAAAGAACUUCUUUACCGAUGUCUAUGAUUUAUACAUAAAGUUCGCUAUGAAUCCAUUUUACGAACCCAAUUCUCCUAUACGAUCAAGUGCAUUUGACCGAAAAGUUCAGUUUCUUGGGAAGAAACACCUUCUAAGCUAAAUGCUGGAAAAUUCAGAAGUAAACAGUGUUGCGAUAGAGUGGACCUAAAAGGUGUGCACAUUCUAAGUAAUUUGAUUAAAACACUCUAAGAACGUUUUAUUUUGUUGUUGUUGUAGUCUGAGUUUUAUUUAAACUUAAUGAAAUUUCUUUUGUAUGUUAAAGUAGUGUAUUCCAUUUCCUUUGAUUAUCUGCAGUUUUAUGUUUGCCAAUGAAUGUUAUUUAUAAAGAGCUUUUAAUCGUUAAUCAUGAAAUAUCUUUAAUGUUAAGAAGUGAGCAUAAGUCUGUACUCUCUAGAUUCAUCUAGUUUGUGCUUGAUGUAUUAACGACCCAGAAACAAAUGUCAUUGUUAAGAUUGGCAGGCAGAUAAGUUUUCACAGUAGAGAAUAGGUUUGUUGGCAUAUACACAGGUUUAGCUAUAGAGCUGUUAUUUGAAAAAUGUAUCAACAGAGGCCAGAGCAAUAUGACACAACAGACAGGGAGCUUGCCUUGCACGUGGCCCACCAAGGUUGGGUCCCUGGCAUCCCAUAUGGUGCCCCAAGGACCACUUGGUGUGGUCCCUGAGUACAGAGCCAGGGGUAAGCCCUGAGCACUGCUGGUUUGUCCCCCCAAAUAUAUAUAUAUACAUAUAUAUGUAUAUAUAUUGGGGGCAAAUAUAUAUACUUGCUAUUAUAUAUAUAUAAGCCUACAUAAUAGCAGUCUCUAGGGAUGCAGAAUAAGCAGCUUUUUUUGUGUGGCCGGGUGACACUGGGCACAGUGAUGACACUGUCAUUCUUGAGUUCUGAACCUGUUUUUUUUUUUGUAAGAUGGGAGGCUGCGACCAAAGCAGCUUAGUAGGUUCUUUUUUCUUUUUGUCUUUUUGAACUACACCUGGUGGUGCUCAGGGCUUCCUCCUGGUUCUGCAUUCAGGGAUCACUCCUUGCGGUCUGGGAGGGCCAUGUGGAGUACCAGGGAGCGAACAGCCCCCUCACUGUACCAUUGCUUGGGCCGCACUUGGUAUGCUUUUAACAUUCUUUCUCCAGAGCCAGUCAACUAAAGAUGAAAUAAACCUCAUAAGAUCUGUAUUAGCAAAACAAGUUGUAAGGCUUUUGAGAAUUACAGUGAGAGACUUUUCUUCAAGCUUGCAUUAUUACAUUACCAUUACACCCAGCCUUUUAAGCUAUACACCAGAGGGGACAAAAAUUCAUCUUGUUGUAUGUAUACUGUAAAAUGUGUGGACACUUAGUGUGACAUACUAAAUGUCCUUUUAAAGGCAAGUAAUGUAGCCGGGCAUUAUCUUCGCUCCUGGGCACGUGCACACUGGAAGGAUUUUGUUCCAUUCUGAAUAGCUUGUGAAAUAAAACUUUGUUUUUAUCUCCUUCUGGGUAGUCACUGCCCUCAUUUUUUUACCCCUCCUAUUUAUUUGACUUGUUCAAUAAAGAUGUUUGCUCAAGA